AUGGCUAGCGUUCUACCUAACUUGGUGCAAAGUGCACUCAAUCUUGGGCCCACGAGUACCACGUACGACCUGGUCGUAGUAGGCAGCGGGUUCGCUGGCACUACUACGACGCUAAAUUUUCUCGAAGAAUGUAAGAAGUUAGGCAAGAGAGGCAAGGUUGCACUGAUCGAAGCUGGUCGAGAUGGCGAACGUUGUGGUGCUAGUCGCUGGACAAUGGCGUAUUUAAGAUUGGGAAAAGACAAUGAUUUUGAUAGCGAUUGGAAGAACGAGAUGGCCUUGGUAUCCGAGGGCAUGGCAGACCAGGAUUACUGCCGAAAGAUGGAAGUAGAAGCACCAAUCACAGCUCAGUAUCUCAUCGACCACGGUGUCAAGCUGAACCAUCACAAGGAAGAGAACGUCCUCCUCGAGUUCAACACAGACCAGUAUUUCGCCUUUCCUGAUGGCGGCGGGCAGGCGAUCAUCAAUUGCCUAUUUUCUCACUUCAAGGACUACGAGGGACUUGAUAUCUUCUGGGAGACACAAGCACAGAAGCUUCUACUUAACGAGACUGGCGAGGUUUCAGGCGUGCAAGUACGCACCAAUGAUGGACGCCGGAAGAACAUCAAUGGCAAGAAAGUUAUGCUUGCUUGUGGUGGCUUCGAGGGCAACAAGGAGAUGUUGGCUCGCUACGUCGGACCUCGAACCGAGAAGCUCGAGCUUAUAGCGCCGGGCCUUGUUCACAACACUGGUCACGGCCUGCAAAUGGCCCUCGAAGUUGGUGCAGCCACAGCUGGAUCACCAAAUGGCAUGCAUUGCGAACUCGUGGACAGGCGUGCAUCCAAGCCAGAUGCCGUGAUUUGGGGUCACCUUUACGGCAUUGUAGUCAACGACGACUGCAAGCGCUUCUACGAUGAAGGCAAGCGACACCUAUUCGCCACCUUUGAGAUGAUUGCGCUCGAAUGCUGGCGUGAUCAUAACAACAGCUGCUACUUCGUCACUGACAAGAAGACAAUGGAUCGUUUCAGGCCAGGCUGGGUAUAUGAUACUACAGAUCAGGAACCAGAAACAUCGGAUACCAUCGAGGGCCUCGCACAGAAACUUGGCCUUGACCCAGCUAAGCUAAAGAAGACAGUCGACGAUUACAACGAUGCCAUCAACGACAAGGAGUUUGACCUCAUGAAGCUUGAUGGUAAAGGAACUACCGGUCUGUCCCCAAACAAGUCCAACUGGGCUCUGCCCAUCAAAGAGGCCCCCUUUUUCGGAUACCCGAUGAAGUCACAAUUGACUUUCACGUACUUUGGCCUCAAAUGUGAUCUGGACAGCAAGGUUCUAGGCACGAAUGGAGUGCCCAUCCCUGGUCUAUUCGCUGCAGGUGAGCUGAGCGGACUGUACUACAACGAAUAUCCUCCUGCCACGAGCGUGCUCCGCAGUUUAACUUUUGGUAGGCUAGCUGGGCUCGCUGCUGCCAAAGAACUGUAA